UUUUCGAAACCAAUACUUGAGUAGAAGUAUAGGCUAGCCUAGAUAUUUCAGCGAGCAGAAAAUGACUCCGGAGGAAAACAACCUAGGGUCUAUUUAUGCAUUGAUUACAGGAAAGAGAGAACCUUGGACCAUGGAUGACAUGGAGGAAAAGCCGCUGAUCUCUGGCUGUAACGAGACUGAAAUGCACCAGGUUGACCUGAGAUUGAUCUUGAAAGAAGACAUAAAAGAGGAGGAAUAUGGUCAUAUGAUAUCAUGUCCGGUCAAAGAUGAAGAAGAAGAAAAGCCCUUUGCAGAACGUCACUGUAAAAUUGAAAGAGACGAUACCGACGAUACAGACUCUAACGAUGAAACACUACAGACACCAGCGGAGAUUGAAGUGGAGAUUGAGGAGGACGAGCAGCACGAUUACCAGCUGGAAAGUCUACCAGAACACCAACAUGUAAUGCAGCAGAAGAUCAAUGGACAGAAUGAUGAACUCAACCUGCAACUCGAAAGAAGACUGCACCACUGCACAGUCUGCAGGAAGAGCUUUACAGCCCUUACUGAACUUGAGAAACACCAGCAAAAACACGCUACUAGUGUUUCACAAACACAGAGGACAAGCAAAUCUCAGAUGCUAAUUCACACAGGAAAAAAAGCUCAUAAAUGUGCCUCUUGUGGAAAGGUUUUUCAAGCACUUUCGAAACUUAAGAGUCAUAUGGUAAGACACAGUGGAGAAAAACCAUAUAAAUGUGUCCAGUGUGGAAAAGCAUUGGCUAACCCUUCAUAUAUUAAAAUCCACAUGCUAACUCACACUGGAGAGAAGCCUCAUAAAUGUUCCCAGUGUGGAAAGACUUUUAGAACCUCCCAAGAUCUUCAGCGGCAUAAGUUUACACACACUGGAGAGAAGCGUCAUAAAUGUGUCCAGUGUGGAAGAGCAUUUUCACGCUCUUCUUAUCUUAGCAGACACAUGCUAACGCACACUGAAGAGAAGCAUCAUAAAUGUUCCCAGUGUGGAAAAGCUUUUUUACUAAUUUCAAAUCUAAUCAAAUCCCAUAUGCAAAUUCACACGGGAGAAAAACCUUAUAAAUGUGCCUCUUGUGGAAAGGGUUUUCAAUGGUUUUCAAAACUUAAGGUCCAUAUGCUGACACACAGUGGAGAGAAGCCGUGUAAAUGUGUCCAGUGUGGAAGAGAAUUUGCGCACCCUGCAUAUACUAAAAUCCACAUGCUAACUCAGACUGGAGAGAAGACUCAUAAAUGCAUCCAGUGUGGAAGAGAAUUUGCGCACCCUUCAUAUCUUAAGAAACACAUGCUAACUCACACUGGAGAGAAGCCUCAUAAAUGUGUCCAGUGUGGAAGAGCAUUUGCACACUCUUCAUAUCUUAGCAAACAUAAGCUAACUCACACUGGAGAAAAGCGUCAUAAAUGUGUUCAGUGUGGAAGACCAUUUUCACUAAUGAGUAGUCUGAAACGCCAUAUGCUAGUGCACACUAAAAAAAUACUGCACUCUGAGAAAAGAAAUACUAGAAUUGUACCUUCAGAGGUACCAAAGCUCGUCGCUAGGGCAGCACCCUCAAAGGAACAAAAUGUGUACCUUUCAACCGGGUACAUAUAUGUACCCUUACAGUUUGUACCCUUUGGUGGUAAAUAUGUACCCUAAGGUACAAACUUAUAUCUUGUACAACUUGUACAUUGACCCCAAUUUGGACCCCAAUUGUACCCUUUUUUCUGAGUGUAGAUUUGAUUAAUUUAAUUCUUUCUCGUCUGUGAGUGCAAAAAACUGAUGAUGCCAAUGUGAAUUUUCUUAUGCUAGUGCACAUACUGUAAGGGAUAAAAGGUAAAAAGAGAUGAUUUUUUUUGAAAGAGUUAAAAUGGCUGGGAGUUGAAAAUAGAGAGUUAAAAUUGCAGGGAGUUGAAAAAUUCUGUGAUAGAUUUUAUUAAUUUAACUCUUUUCCUGUCCGCCAGUGCAUAAAACAGUACCUAUGUACUGAUGAUGAAAAUGUGAAGUGAAUUGAAAUUAAAAGUCUGAUACCAAAAAACAGUGUGGUGUGCUGGAAUCUUAUGUGAGGAUGUUCAAAGACCCACACCUUUUAAAUUAGUUAUUUUUAACUUUUGUGCUAAUGUUCUACUUAGCUAUUGCUAACUUAGUGUUGUAACAACUUUUAGAGGUUGUAUCAGAGAUUGCAGGCCCAAACAUAAAUGAUCAGUCAUCUAAUCUUUCCUCUUGAUCCGCUAGCUGCCCGCCCCAUGAGCAGACCAUCAAAAAACCGUGUCUCUGUAGGCAGCCUAGGCCCCAAGAUCUGUACACAAAAACAAUAGACUGCAACAGUGCUACCAUCCACUCAAAACCAAAAUAGUGUUCCAACCAAUUACCGACGAGAUGUGCGUUUAGGAGAGCUUCAAUUGCACGAGAGGGAGGGCGAGGGAGUAGCGAGCUAGCUCACAGAAGUGACGUUAUCGCGCCAUCGCUGAUGUAUACUUCAAAAUGGAUACUACACACAAUUCAUAUUUUCUUAAGCAUUUGUAAACAAUCAGUUAUUUUUUGCAUCAUUUGUAAAGUAUUGAUCCUUCCUGUUAAGAACACUAACUAACUGUCCCCCUACCAGCUCCUCUCAAAGGAAAGCCUGUCAUGCCCCGUGUGAGAUCUCAGUCUUUUGUGAGAUUCAGUCUUCUGUAAUAAACUCCGGGUUUGUUAACUACGU